GUUCCGGAGGGACGGUGCAGACAUCCACUCCGAGCUAUUUAUUUCCAUAGCUCAGGCUAUCCUUGGGGGGACAGCAAGAGCCCAGGGCCUGUACGAGACAAUCAAUGUGACGAUCCCCCCUGGGAUUCAAACAGACCAGAAGAUUCGCUUGAGUGGGAAAGGCAUUCCAGGAUUAACAUACGGCUACGGUGACCACUACAUUCACAUCAAGAUCAGAGUUCCAAAGUAA